CGCACCAGGGAUGUUUAGAAGCCGCCCGGACCCACCAGACCAAUAAGGUCUUCAGAAUAAUGCAUUGCCGUUUUCCGACCAUGUUUAUGGUGUGUGGACAUACUGUAGCAGGGUUAAUAAUUCGAACCGGCUAGUGACAGCUGGUUCUCCUGCAAUAGACUAAGUUAUAUCGCUGGAAAUGGUCAUCAUUAGACUGGAUCUGUGUAGCUUCCAGCCGUACCUUUUCUGAAAGGAUGCAGGUGAAAAAUCAGAUCUGUACAGAGAGGAGUACCGAAGACCCCGAACACGAUGAUAACCAGAAACAUACUUCAUGUUUUUCUAAUAUCAAAAUAUUUCUAGUAUCGGAAUGUGCGCUGAUGCUGGCGCAGGGGACGGUUGGCGCGUAUCUGGUGAGUGUUCUGACCACCCUGGAGCGCCGCUUCAACCUCCAGUCCGCCGACGUGGGCGUGAUCGCCAGCAGCUUCGAGAUCGGCAACCUGGCCCUCAUCCUAUUUGUCAGCUACUUCGGCGCAAAGGCCCAUCGGCCGCGUCUGAUUGGCUGUGGAGGCCUCGUCAUGGCGCUGGGCGCGCUGCUCUCCGCCCUGCCAGAGUUCCUGACCCACCAGUAUGAGUAUGAGGCCGGGGAUGGGUGGCACGCGGAGGACGGGAGGGAUGUGUGUUCCAACAUGACCAGGACUGAGGGCAGAGACUCCGCCUUCCUGUGUGGGAACAAGUCCAACACCAACAUGAUGUACCUGCUGCUGAUAGGGGCCCAGGUACUGCUGGGGAUCGGGGCAACACCAGUACAGCCUCUAGGGGUGUCCUACAUAGACGACCACGUUAAGAGGAAAGACUCCUCUCUGUAUAUAGGUAUAGUAUUUUCCACGCUGGUGUUUGGCCCAGCCUGUGGCUUCAUAUUAGGAUCCCUCUGCACCAAAGUCUAUGUGGACGCUGUCUUCAUCGACACAAGUAAGCUGGACAUCGGCCCUGACGACCCCAGGUGGAUUGGUGCGUGGUGGGGUGGCUUCUUGCUCUGCGGUGCCUUACUCUUCAUCUCCUCCCUCUUCAUGUUCGGCUUCCCCCAGUCCCUGAAUGAGCAGGAUGUGGACAGUACGGGGGAGAGUGAACAGGCCAUGUUGCCCCCCUCCCUGUCCAGGGAUUACGAGGGGAACAAGCCCACUAAUGGGGCGAUCCAUGGCUUCCAGGCCAAUAGUGGACUGACCUGCUGCGAGCACAUGAGAGUCAUCCCCAAGGUGACCAAGCACCUCCUGUCCAACCCUGUGUUUACCUGCAUCUCGCUGGCAGCCUGUAUGGAGAUCGCUGUGGUUGCAGGCUUCGCCACCUUCCUAGGGAAGUACAUGGAGCAGCAGUUCAACCUCACCACUUCCUCAGCCAAUCAGCUGCUAGGUAUGACAGCCAUUCCGUGUGCGUGUCUGGGUAUCUUCCUGGGUGGUCUCUUGGUGAAGAAGUUAGACCUGUCAGCGUUAGGGGCCAUCCGUAUGGCCAUGGGGGUCAACCUCGUCUCCACCGCCUGUUACGUCUCCUUCCUCUUCCUCGGCUGUGAGACCGGCCCUGUCGCCGGGGUGACUGUCGCCUACGGCAACGCUGUAGCCUCUAUAGACGACAGUGUAGCCUCUAUAGACGACAGUGUAGCCUCUAUAGACGACAGUGUAGCCUCUAUAGACGACAGUGUAGCCUCUAUAGACGACAGUGUAGCCUCUAUAGACGACAGUGUAGCCUCUAUAGACGACAGUGUAGCCUCUAUAGACGACAGUGUAGCCUCUAUAGACGACAGUGUAGCCUCUAUAGACGACAGUGUAGCCUCUAUAGACGACAGUGUAGCCUCUAUAGACGACAGUGUAGCCUCUAUAGACGACAGUGUAGCCUCUAUAGACGACACUGUGACAAAAACCUGUUUGCCUGUUCCCAGGACCCUGCGGUCAUGGCAGAGACCGGAGCAUGCCUGCAUCAACAACUGUAACUGCUACACAGCCUCAGUGAGCCCUGUGUGUGGCUCCAACGGGAUCACCUACCUCUCAGCCUGCUUCGCCGGCUGCCUCACACCUAACCUGACCAGCUGUAUGUGUAUCAGCAGUAAGGAGGAGGAGUCGGUGGCGUUGCCGGGGAAAUGUCCCAGUCCAGGCUGCCAACAGGCCUUUAUCACCUUCCUUUGUGUCAUCUGUGUGUGCAGCAUGAUCGGAGCCAUGGCCCAGACACCCUCGAUCGUCAUACUUAUCAGAACAGUGAGCCCUGAGCUAAAAUCCUACGCUCUUGGAGUUCUGUUUCUGGGCCUGAGACUACUAGGUUUCAUCCCUCCCCCUCUGAUCUUCGGCAUGGGCAUCGACUCCACCUGCCUGUUCUGGUCCACAGUCUGUGGAGAUAAGGGAGCCUGCAUGCUGUACGACAACGUGGCCUAUCGACACCUCUACGUGAGUAUCGCCAUCGCUCUCAAGUCCACCGCCUUCAUCCUUUACACCACCACUUGGCAGUGUCUCCGGACCAACUAUAAGAAAUACAUUAAGAACAGUGAAGGCUACCUGACUCCCACCCAGCUGUUUGCCUCCAACGUGACUCUGGACAACCUCGGCAAGGAGAUCACCCAGAACCCAGGCAACCGGACAACAUUUAUAUAUAACCUGGAGGAACCAGAGAUGAGUUAUAACAUGGAGUCUGUUUUAUAGUUUCUCCAAGACCCGGGAGACGACUAACUGGAUGACUGCCUGACUGGCAAGCUAACCUACUGGCUGGCUGCCUGACUGGCAAGCUGGCUGACUGCCUGACUGGCAAGCUAACUAACUGGCUGGCUGCCUGACUGGCAAGCUGGAUGACUGCCUAACUGGCAAGCUAACCUACUGGCUGGCUGCCUGACUGGCAAGCUGGCUGACUGCCUGACUGGCAAGCUAACCUACUGGCUGGCUGGCUGGCAAGCUAACUGGCUGGCUGUCUGACUGGCAAGCUAACUGGCUGGCUUGCUGGCUGACUGCUGUUGCCGUCACAACACACUACUAUUCACUCUUUAUUCUGGUCUUUAAUAGACAUUUCUGAUCAGUUUUAUCCACAUUAACAGGUCUCCUCCUGGGAUGACUGUUCUGAGCCAACACAGUGGUAGACAACACAGUGGUAAUACUGGCUGGGUAGAAUUCAAUGGGUUUUGUCAGGGCCACAGGGGGUGGACUUGUUGUCCUCUCUGGGUGCAGAUCCACAGGGUCAGUCCUGACCUGAUCCACCUCAGAGUGUCUGUUCUCCUCAGCUCUACAUAUCAUAGGAAAUCUCUUUCAGUUCCAACCAGUCCCAAUGAACAUAUGAAAGCAUCCCCACUAGAUCAUCUGAAUGAUUUCGGCUUAUGAUUGUCUUUUUAUUCUGACUGGUUGUUUGGUCCUAGUCCAUCCUCUUAAAGGAUGCUAGUUGAA